AUGUGUUUCGGUAGCAAAAAUGACGCCGGCGAGGCCGAGGCGCCUCGACCCGCGCAGCCACAGCAACCGCAUGACGGCCAAAAGAGGGCGAGUCUGCCCCCUCAGUACCUCCAGCAACAACAGCAGUCGCCGAAUCACGGGUAUACCCCUCCUCCCGGCCCCCCUCCAUCCCAACGCCCUCCGGUGAACUCCAGCGGUGAUGACUUUGCCCCGCCGCCGGGCCCGCCUCCAGGCCCGAGACCAGGUGACGACUUUGCUGCUCCCCCAGGUCCUCCUCCGGGUUCAAGGCCCGCGGUGUCUCCAGCCGGCGAUGACUUUGCUCCUCCUCCUGGACCUCCCCCGUCGCAGAGACCUCCGAUUGAUGAUUUUGCCCCACCACCCGGACCUCCCCCGGUACCUUCCAGCAGACCCGGGGAUGACUUCGCUCCUCCUCCGGGACCGCCUCCGUUCCGGGGACAAACUGGUGGUGAUGACUUCGCUCCUCCUCCCGGACCGCCUCCCGGCCACAGGGUCCCAGACGGCCCUGACUUUGCCCCUCCGCCGGGCCCUCCUCCGUCUCACAACGACAUGAGCUACAUGGCACCACCGCCUGGUCCAUCGCCGGGUCACCACGACAUGGGCUACAUGGCACCGCCUCCGGAUGGCGCGGCCGUCCAUGCGCUCAACAUGCACAACCCGCGCUUGAUGCAGCCCGACCUGUACCGCGGCACCCUCGCAUGCACCGCGCCCGGCGUCUGGCAGGGAAGCACCGACUCGAACGCAUACGACUCCACCAUCAUCGCCUACCCGCCCCUCUACACCGUGACUCUGCACUCCCCACUGGCUCCCACCAACCCCACGCGCAGCAAGACCAUCUACUACGAGGUGCAGCUCACACACGCCAACCCGCGGGAGAUCUGCCUAGCCAUGGGCUUCACGGCGCUGCCCUACCCCUCCUUCCGCAUGCCGGGCUGGCACCGCGGCUCGCUGGCCGUGCACGGUGACGACGGCCACAAGUUCAUCAACGACCGCUGGGGCGGCAAGGCCUUCACGGCGCCCUUCGCCCGCGGCGACCGCCUCGGCAUCGGCAUGACCUUCCGCGACGCCGGCGGCCGCAUCGACGCCGAUGUGUUCUUCACGCGGCACGGGCGCGAGGUUGGGCGCUGGAACCUGCAUGAGGAGACCGAUGCCGAGGAGGACUUGCCUGUCACGGGCCUCGAGGGCUAUCAUGACCUGAGUUGUGCCCUGGGUACGUGCGGCCAGACGGGCUUUGAGGUCAUCUUUGACCCGGCCAGGUGGAUGUAUCGGCCCGCGGGGUAUUAG